GGGGCCGGCAGGUAACUCGCCUGGAGAGGGCGUGGGCCAGUAGCCGCCCCGCCCCACGGGGCGCCACGGGCGGGUAUCGGCAGCGCCCACUGAGCCAGCCGGGCCGCAGGUGCCGCCCCCGACACACGAUGUCCCGCCCAAGCUGAUCCGCGUCUGCCGUCGGUCGGUGCGUGCGUGCGCCUCGUCGGUCCGCGUGUGUCUGGCCGAGAGACCCCUUUCUCUGCGGCCAUGACUCCUCCGCCGCCCCCGCCCCCAGGCCCUGACCCCGCGGCCGACUCCCCUGUGGACCCCUGCCCCGGACCUGAGUCAUUGGUCGUCCUGUUUGGGGCUACGGCGGGUGCGCUGGGACGGGACCUGGGCUCCGAUGAGACCGACUUAAUCCUCCUAGUCUGGCAAGUGGUUGAGCCGCGGAGCCGCCAGGUGGGGACGCUGCACAAAUCUCUGGUUCGCGCCGAGGCGGCCGCACUGAGUCCGCAGUGCCGCGAGGCGAGCGGCCUGAGUGCCGACAGCCUGGCGUGCGCAGAGCCGCUGGACAAGGUGCUGCAGCAGUUCUCACAGCUGGUGAACGGGGAUGUGGCUCUGCUGGGCGGGGGCCCCUACGUGCUCUGCACUGAUGGGCAGCAGCUAUUGCGACAGGUCCUGCACCCAGAGGCCUCCAGGAAGAACCUGGUGCUCCCCGACACCUUCUUCUCCUUCUACAACCUCCGAAGAGAGUUCCAUAUGCAGCACCCAAGCAUCUGCCCUGCUAGGGACCUCACUGUGGCUACCAUGGCGCAGGAUUUAGGACUGGAGACAGAUGCCACAGAGGAUGACUUUGGGGUCUGGGAAGUGAAGACAAUGGUAGCUGUUAUCCUCCAUCUACUGAAAGAGCCCAACAGUCAAUUAUUUUCGAAGCCUGAGGUGAUAAAGCGGAAAUAUGAAACGGGGCCUUGCAGCAAGGCUGAUGUGGUGGACAGUGAGACUGUGGUACGGGCUCGUGGGUUGCCCUGGCAGUCAUCAGACCAGGACGUGGCUCGCUUCUUCAAAGGGCUCAACGUGGCCAGGGGUGGUGUAGCGCUCUGCCUCAACGCCCAGGGCCGCAGAAAUGGCGAGGCCCUCAUCCGCUUUGUGGACAGCGAGCAGCGGGACCUUGCGCUGCAGAGACACAAGCACCACAUGGGCGUCCGCUAUAUUGAGGUGGGGCUUUGGGCUGGGAGCGGAGCAGGGCCAAUGUGGGCUAGGCCCGAGACCAGUGAGCUGUUCUCUAUGUACCCACAGGUGUAUAAAGCGACAGGGGAGGAGUUCGUAAAGAUCGCAGGGGGCACAUCACUAGAGGUGGCUCGUUUCUUGUCACGGGAAGACCAAGUGAUCCUGCGGCUGCGGGGACUGCCCUUCUCGGCCGGGCCAACGGACGUGCUAGGCUUCCUGGGGCCAGAGUGCCCAGUGACUGGGGGUGCCGAAGGGCUGCUCUUUGUGCGCCACCCUGACGGCCGGCCAACUGGUGAUGCCUUUGCCCUCUUUGCUUGUGAGGAGCUGGCACAGGCUGCACUGCGCAGGCACAAGGGCAUGCUGGGUAAGCGAUACAUCGAACUCUUCCGGAGCACUGCAGCAGAGGUGCAGCAGGUCCUGAACCGCUAUGCAUCCGGCCCACUCCUUCCCACACUGACUGCCCCACUGCUGCCCAUCCCCUUCGCACUGGCAGCUGGGACCGGGAGGGAUUGUGUACGCCUCCGAGGCCUGCCCUACACAGCCACUAUUGAAGACAUCCUGAGUUUUCUCGGGGAGGCAGCAGCUGACAUCCGGCCCCACGGUGUGCACAUGGUGCUCAACCAGCAGGGCCGGCCGUCGGGUGAUGCCUUCAUCCAGAUGACAUCAGCAGAGCGAGCCCUAGCUGCUGCUCAGCGUUGCCAUAAGAAGGUGAUGAAGGAGCGCUACGUGGAGGUGGUCCCCUGUUCCACAGAGGAGAUGAGCCGUGUGCUGAUGGGGGGCACCUUGGGCCGCAGUGGCAUGUCCCCUCCGCCCUGCAAGCUGCCCUGCCUCUCACCACCUACCUACACCACCUUCCAAGCCACCCCAACCCUCAUUCCCACGGAGACAGCAACUCUAUACCCAUCUUCAACACUGCUUCCGGCUGCCAGGGUGUCUGCUGCCCCCACCCCUGUUGCCUACUACCCAGGGCCAGCCACUCAACUCUACCUGAACUACACAGCCUACUACCCAAGCCCUCCAGUCUCCCCCACCACUGUGGGCUACCUCACCACACCCACUGCUGCCCUGGCCUCUGCUCCCACCUCAGUGUUAUCCCAGCCAGGAGCCUUGGUCCGCAUGCCGGGUGUCCCAUACACAGCUGGUAUGAAGGAUCUGCUCAGCAUCUUCCAGGCCUACCAGCUAGCCCCAGAUGACUACACCAGUCUGAUGCCUGUUGGUGACCCACCUCGCACUGUGUUACAAGCCCCCAAGGAAUGGGUGUGUUUGUAGAAGAGGAAGCCAGGAGAGGACUUUCUGCCAACUUUUCUUGUACGCUUUGGGAAAGCCAGUUACCCUGAACCCAGCAGACACCGAGGAAUGUCCUUUGCAUGCAUUAAGUGGUACAGAACUAAAGCCUCAGAAGCAAUUUGGAACUCUGUCUUCUCCUCCAUAAAAUGAAAAGUUACUGAUCAAAUGGACUUUUAAAAAGCCACAGGACCCUUUACAUUGCCCCCAGAGUGAGGGGCUCCACACCAGCCCCAGGCGGAGGAAUACUCAGACAGAUUUAAGAAGACUGUUGGCCUGUCACCAUUUAUUAUUUCAGCACUAAAACUGAGGAGCCUGAACUGCUGGCUCUUCUUCCCUUUGUAUUUGUGUAAGGAGCACUGUACUCCCAUAAAAGGUUUUAAAAUACAAAAUAUACAAGAACACACAAUUCCAAGUGCUGUAAACAUAACUGAGAACCAGUUCCUUUACUAAACAUCCAUUUUAUAAAAUACAAGGUUUCAAACUGAGCCCAUCUGAGCCUUAAAGAUCCAUUCUAAAUACCAAAAACAGAGCUUCACAGCCAGUUCCAAAAGAGGUCUGUUGAUAACAGCUGGCCCUGGGUGGGGGUAGUUUAUACCCGGGCAGCAGCACCACACAUGAACCUGAAGACAUGUUCCUUUUAAAGCUGUUUUCAGCCAUGUUUCUGUGUGCAUCACCAGUAAGCAGAAGGCUACUCAUUCCAUUCCUCAACCCGAGAGCUAGCACAGAUUAGAGUAGGAAAGGGUGCCUGCUAGCACAUGCCCAGUUGCUCAGUGCUGCUAUUAGAAAUUGAUUUGCAUAGUCUAAUGGAUGUGUGCUUUAAAACCACUAUGUUGCACAAAAAUUUAAGUCUUUAUCUACAAAG